GCUCACUCCGCAACUCGACUCAAAUCACCGGGCCUGCCCUGCCUCUCUGCCUCUCUGCCUCUUCUACUCAUUACAAAAGCACGAACACGUUCAACGAACCAUAGACUGACCGCCGAUACAUGUUAAGUUGACCGCUGCUCAACGUCCUACGUAACUCAGUCUCAGCCUCACUUUGUCCGCAACCGCUGCUAUGACGUGGAAGAGUACAUCGACGACUGGCACGAGCUCCUCGAAGAGCAGCGACCUCUUUGGCCUAGAUGAGAACGACACGUCGAAUAUCCUCGUCUACAAGUACCGUUCGGGGUGCAAGUCUCUACAAGUUUCGUCGCAACAUGACCUUUGUCAAACUUUGGAUUCCGAUCCCGAUCUACCUUUUAUGCGCGUCACGAAGAAGAAGAUCCCCCGAGGCAACAGUCGGUUAGAAGUUCGCGCCGAAGACCUGCUUUUGCCUGAAGAUCUGGAGAAGUAUAAGGACAAGCCUACGCUUCAGUCGUCGCUCGCAAACGUUGGACUUCCCUCCAGUGCAUACUGGAAACGACUUCUAUUCAACUCGUUCCCAGAGCUAUACAUCGUAUCCCGCUCUAUCACUCCUAGUCCCCUAAGCUCCACCAACAACUCUCCUGAGAGCUCGCAGCACGUUUCGCCUUCGGCCACAAUUCCCGUAGACACACCACAUCCCUUACAGGAUCGUCAAGCAAAUUAGCCUUGCUGUACCCGUUGCCCUGGGUUGGAACGAAACGCUCACAUUUGAGUGACGAGGAUAGUCGAACCCUUUUGGGUUGCAUGUGUCACCUGCUUGAGUCGCCACAUAUCCCCAUAAUGCCUCAGCACUGUGACGAGUCACUCGAAGUCACAAUCCCUGCGCCUCAGCCGCCCAGCAAGCCGUGCGACUCAGACCUCGAAUACGUAUUUAUAGCUCCAUCAACGAUACCCUAUGACCUGCGAACCUGCUUCUUCAGCGAAAGGCGCCGGCUGGCGUACAAGGCGUUUAUUGUCCCACCCUCUCUUAGAAUUUCUUUGUCUCUGGGUUCGGUCUCUUGGCUUUCCUCACAGCCAGCUUGGCAGGCGGAGUCUUGGUUGCAUGACAGAGCGAUCGAGGACCACUCUCGCUUGUCGGUAUUUCUGUAUGUUAAUUUAUGUACUCAAUCCAUAUAUUUCCUG